CUGCAGCGGGAGGACCCGGCCGGAGCCGCCGCCAUCGUAGCCGGGCCCCGCCGCCCCCGCCCCCGCCCGGCCCCGCCGCCGUCCCCGGCCCGGCCCCGCCGCUGCAGCUGCCGCCGCCGCGGAGAUGCUGAGGAGCCGGGGCUGCCGCGCCCUCGGGCCGGGCCGGAGCCGGAGCCGGAGCGGGAGCCGGAGCCGCUGGCUGCCCGCGCUGUGCUGUUUGUUGGGCGCCGUGCGGGCGGCGGCGGGGACCGGGGCCGGGACCGGGGCCGGGGCCGGGGAAGAGAGGGCGGCGGCGGGGCCAGGGGCGGCCCAUGAGGCGCCCUUUGCGGGCCAGAGCUGGUUAAAGUCUUAUGGCUAUCUGCUUCCCUAUGAUGCCCGGGUACCCAUGAUGCCCUCAGGGAAGGUCUUGCAGUCAGCGGUCACCACUAUGCAGCAGUUUUAUGGGAUUCCUGUCACAGGAGUGUUGGAUCAGACAACAAUCGAGUGGAUGAAGAAGCCUCGCUGCGGUGUCCCUGAUCACCCCCACCUGAGCCGCCGGCGCAGGAAUAAGCGCUAUGCACUGACGGGGCAGAAGUGGAGGCAAAAACACAUCACGUACAGCAUUCACAACUACACUCCCAAAGUAGGCGAGCUGGACACACGGAAAGCUAUCCGCCAGGCCUUUGAUGUGUGGCAGAAGGUCACCCCACUGACGUUUGAGGAGGUUCCCUACCACGAGAUUAAAAGUGACCGCAAGGAAGCAGACAUCAUGAUUUUCUUUGCCUCUGGUUUCCACGGCGACAGCUCCCCCUUUGAUGGUGAAGGGGGAUUCCUAGCCCAUGCCUACUUCCCUGGCCCUGGGAUUGGUGGAGACACUCACUUUGACUCUGAUGAGCCAUGGACACUGGGGAACGCCAACCAUGAUGGGAAUGACCUCUUCCUGGUGGCUGUGCAUGAGCUGGGCCAUGCAUUGGGACUGGAGCAUUCUAAUGACCCCAGUGCCAUCAUGGCCCCCUUCUACCAGUAUAUGGAGACACACAGCUUCAAACUGCCCCAAGAUGACCUGCAAGGAAUCCAGAAGAUCUAUGGACCUCCUGCUGAACCCCUGGAACCCACCCGACCACUCCCCACACUCCCUGCCCGCAGGAUCCACUCCCCAGAGAGGAAGCAUGAACGGCAGCCCAGGCCCCCAAGGCCACCGCUGGGAGACCGGCCAUCCACCCCGGGUACAAAGCCCAACAUCUGUGAUGGCAACUUCAACACAGUGGCUCUCUUCCGAGGCGAGAUGUUUGUGUUCAAGGACCGCUGGUUUUGGCGUCUGCGGAACAAUCGGGUUCAAGAGGGUUAUCCAAUGCAGAUUGAGCAGUUCUGGAAGGGAUUACCAGCUCGAAUUGAUGCUGCCUAUGAGAGGUCUGAUGGGCGAUUUGUCUUCUUCAAAGGUGACAAAUACUGGGUCUUCAAGGAAGUGACCGUGGAGCCUGGAUACCCUCACAGCCUGGGGGAGCUGGGAACCUGCCUGCCCCGGGAGGGCAUAGACACAGCCCUGCGCUGGGAGCCUGUGGGCAAGACCUAUUUCUUCAAAGGGGAAUGGUACUGGCGCUACAAUGAGGAGAGACGGGCGACUGAUUCUGGAUACCCCAAACCUAUCACUGUGUGGAAGGGCAUUCCCCAAUCCCCCCAAGGGGCCUUCAUCAGCAAAGAAGGCUAUUACACCUAUUUCUACAAGGGCCGGGACUACUGGAAGUUUGAUAACCAGAAGCUGAGUGUGGAACCCGGUUACCCCCGUUCCAUCCUGAGAGACUGGAUGGGCUGUAAUCAGAAGGAGGUGGAGAGGAGGAAGGAGCGGCGACGGCCCCAGGACGACGUGGACAUCAUGGUCACCAUCGAUGAUGUGCCUGGUACAGUGAAUGCCGUGGCCGUCAUCAUUCCCUGUACCUUAUCCCUUUGCAUCCUUGUCCUUGUCUACACCAUCUUCCAGUUUAAGAACAAGGGGGCGCAGCAGCAGGUUACCUACUACAAACGGCCUGUCCAGGAGUGGGUAUGACCAGCAUGUCCUUGCCCUGCCAGCCGGGGCAUCCUUGCCAGGGCCUGAGAGAGGGCAGGGACCUCACUCCUGGGACCCAGAGGAACAGGGGGGCGCCUCAAGGGUCCAGGCCAAGAGCCACAAGCAAUGGGUUUACAACUCCAGCCUAAAGCUUGGCCCUUGAAAUCCACCUGGUGACCGAGGAGUGGGAACAAUCAGCCAGAGCUGAUCCCCAAGCACCUAUCCCUAUUUGGACCCAAAGCUCCCUUUUUUAAAAUGCCUUUGAUCCAAAGGGAAGGGCAAAAGAUAACCUUUGCUGGGGAGAGCUUUGUUGUGGGGGGAGGUCUCUGUUCUUCCUGCCUCAUGGCUGUCCCUUAUUCCCAGGGGCUGGAACCCUUAUUAUUAGGGGCCUCUCCUGGAAUUCCCAAAGGCCCUCUGAGCACAGUUCACCCGGGAGAAACCAGCAUUUGCUUCCUGACAGCUGCCUGGGCCUGUCAUUCCUCUUCCCAGGGACCUGACUCCAGGUAUCCCUGAGCAUGGCAGGGCCCCCAUGAUCUUAGGGUGAGGAUUAUGGCCUGGGGCAGGAUCAGCGGCCUCCUCCUUUCUGCUCCACAGCUGGGCACAGUUUGACUACCGACUCCCAACACCUGCUGGUCAGAUGUUUGUAACUGAUCAUGGAUCAUGGAGCCUGAGUGGCUAUGGAGGCAAGGCUAUCUGCGGGCAUGGAAGGUGUUUUUGUGACCACCCCCAGACCCGAGCAGAUUCCUCAGAAAACUGAAGUCUCCCUUGGGGCCAGCGAGAGGCAGGGGCCUCUCGUGCUCAGGGGGAGCCUGUGGUCCAGUCUCAUCGCUGCUGGAUUUUGCUCUCAUGUCACAAUAUUUAAAUGUCCCGUUACUACUGUUUUAGUCCCCAUUUGUCAGAAGUGAUUCCCUGAGGACUCGGGAAGCUGUCUGUUCAUCUCACUCCAGUGUACACCAGUAUACGAGCCUCUUCUCUUGGGCCCUGAGGUCAAAGCCCCAUUAGGAGUCGGGAGGCCAGGGAGUAUCUUAGUGGCCCUAGGAGAAUAGACAGGGAUCAAGGGAGGGGAUGAGCUUCUUUAGGGGCCCAGGAACCUUUGGAUAAUAAACCACUGGGACCCGCUGGGAUAAGGAAGUUAGGCUGGUAGCCCCAGCUCACUUCUCACUAAGAACCUAGGACCAUUAGAGAGAUGUUGAAGACCAAGGCCUGCCUUGGAUGGUUGGAGGGAGGUCAGAUCUCUAAGGAAUGUGGAAGCCCCACAAUUGAUUUUCUGAACCCAUAUCCCCAGCCCCUUCUCACUUCUACUUCUAGUUCCUUCCUAUGUGGUCCCAUCCCUAUCCCAGGCCCCAACCCCAUUUUCUUCUCAUCUCCUUUCCAUUGCCAGAGGAGGCAACCAGUAUAGUAGCAGAAGAAAGCCUAGGUUUGAAUCCUGACUGCUACUUUUUUGCUGUAUGACUUAGGUAAGGCUCCUUCUCAUCUUGGUCUCCGUUUCCUCAUCUGUAAAAUGAAAGGGUUGGUUGUGACCUCUAAGGUCCCUUCCAGCAUUAAACCUAUAAGUCUAUGACCUUCCUCCCACUCCCAUCCCAAUCACCAUCCUUUCCCCAUUUCUCAGCAGGUCCACCUUCUGUCUUUAGCCCUAUACCAUGCCUAGAGUGGGAGGGGGGCACAUAGAGAGCUACUGCACUGCCAUUCCCCAGCUAUUCCAGUAAUUAUGUUGCAGGGCCCUUGUCCCCUUGCCAUCCCACUAAUUCCCCUACUGAAGAGCUUCGCUCCAUUCCCUGCCCAAAACAUCCCCAAGGGACUGCUUGAAACCAGAGGCUUCACUGACGCUAGUCAGGUUGGAUCUAAUAGGGUGGACAGAAGUCUAUUAAGUCAAAAGGCCUGAGGGACUUUCUGCUUCCUGUCUCAAGCCACAUUUUGGUGCCUGAGCCUGUUUCCAUUCUGCUGCCUUCUCUCUCUUAAAAUGGGUAUGCUAUACCACUGAACGCCUUUGCUUUCAGACUAGGAUGCCCAGUUUGUGAUAGACCAACCCAUGAAAAGCUGGAUUUGUAAAACAGAUAGACUUGUAGGGGUUCCUCAGAUUGCAACAUCUGGUGCAUCUAAAACAAGCUUCUGGAAAUUUAAGUUAUACACUUCUUUUCCAGACACAAAAGAAUUGGGAACAAGAUUGGGAAGGGACCUCAGAGACUAUGUUCAAUUUUCUCAUGGAAAACCAAGGUUCAGAGAAGAGUCACACAGUGAAGUAGGACAGAUCCCAAUGUCCAGAGCAAAAUACGAGGUUUAUUAGGAUUUCCUUUUUCCUGGUGAUUUUUUUCAGCUGGUCUCAGUGACCUCUGCCCACCUACUCAUACCUCAUCUUGGAACCUACCUACUUUUCCUGGGCUGGACACCCUGUCCCUCUCCCCUAAUGCUCCUCCCUCAUGGUCUCUCCACAAUGUCCCCCAUUGGUAGAUUUGAAAUCUGGACUCUUUAAGAUAUCUUGGAUUAGAUCUCUCCAGGGCAGUAAGGUUCCUUUCUCUCCAUUACAAAUGGAAGCUAUUUGUACCAUCCCAAGGGGUAUUUCAGCACCCAGACCAUGUGAAUUUGUGAAAUUUAGCCUCCCUUGGGGCAAUCCAAUGCAAAUCCCUGGGGUGGAGGCUGGAUUCCAUGUCUCCUGGCACAGAUCUGCCCAGUUAUAACUUGGUUUCCUGAUACCUGGGGCAAAUUGGAGCAAGGUGGACAGGAGUGAUACAGGCUGGUCUCAGGAUGAACAAUCUGACCUCCUGUGCAGGGCUGCUGGGAAGGAAGUAGCUUAUUUCCUUUCCAGACUUUUACUGGCCAAUGACCCCACUCUCCUGGGGCCUGACUUCUUUCCCAACAAGGGUACAGGUGAGUGAAAUACUUCAAGGCAUAGGCAUGAAGAUUUUCUGACUACUGUGAGGAUGAGGUACCAUUCCCCUUUCCCGUCCUCCCAUCAAUUUAUUGGUUCAAAGCCCUGGCUACUGUAGGUAUUGAUCUCUGGAGUCUUAGGAGCCUAGAGAGAAUGGCACUGCCCUACCUUAACAUCCAAGUCUUCAAUGUGAAAUGUUUGUAGAAAUUUGCUGUGUGUGUGUGUGUGCCGCGCGUGCAAGUUCCUCCGUUCUUAACUUGCUCUAUUCCAGCAUUUUUGUCCCAGAUUUGAAGAAAAUUAAGAGUAAAGAAUACCCACCUGAGCUGUGGACACAAAGCCGGGGAAAAAAUAGCUAACACAUUGAUUAAGGAGAUCUGGAAAAAUCCUUGCAGGCUAGAAAGAUUGGGUGAAAUCUACAAAGAUGAAAUUUAGUGGCAAAUGCAAAAUCCUCCACUUGGUUAAAAAAAUUUUUUUUUCAAUUUACAAGUAUAGAAAAGGGAGUGGGUAUGGUUAAACUAGUUUGCAAAACAAAAGUACUUAGGAGUUUUAUUGAGCUGUAAGCUCAAGGAAUUAGCAUGCCAUUAUAAAUGACAUGUAGAGAAACUUAUCAUGAUGGUCCCAUUGGUCAGAACACAUCUGGGGCAUACUGUGUUGUUCUGGACCUCAUCUUUUAGGAAGAAUGUCAAUAAGAUGGAGAGUUGCAAGUGGAGGCCAUAUAGGACAAUGAAGGGACUGGUUGAAGGUCAUGUGAAAGGAUUUUUUUUUUUUUUGAAAGUGCUAAGGAUAUUGAGCCUGGAACAGAAAAGACUUAGAAGGCAAGAUCAUUGCCUUUAAUUUUUGAAGAGCAGUCUUGGGGAAGAGGUUUUAGACUCAUUCCACUUGGCCCUCAGAGCAGAACCUAGAGCCCUGGAUGUUACAGGGACACCGAUUUCAGCUCAAUCUAAAAAUUUUAAUAGUCACAGCUGUUCAAAUGAUGGGUUGAGCUGACUUGGUAGGUAGUGAAUUUCUUGUCACAAAGUUCAAACAAAGAUUGGAUGACUCCUUGUUAGGGAUGUCACAAAGGAGGUUCCAAUAUUGAACAAGGCUAGGCCAGGUGCUCUCUCAAGUUCAUUCCAGCUCAAAGUUUCUAUAUCACCAGUACUUUGCUAACUCAGUAAAGUUCUUCAUGAAGAAGGUCACCCAGAAGUUUCCUGGGCUGGGAGGUAAAGGCAGAACACAGGAGUCUUCUGAGACCCUGUCAGGCCAACUAAAUGGAGCAUCCAUUGGGCUGUUUACCCUAAUGUUUCCCUCCUGAGUUUGUGGAUCUUCUUCCUUUUGUGGUCACAUCUUUGGAGUCUUAUUUAUGAUGCUUGAAGGGGAACAUGAUUUCCUGCUAGUGCCCUAAGCUGAAACCCAGGCUUCUGCCCUGGCUUGGGAGUUCUCCCAAACAAACUUCCCAAGUUGCCAAUACUCUCUCCUUGUGCACAUCCUCAAUUCUUGCCAAGGGCCAGCUCCCUGGGGUUGGGGCAUCUGGCAUCACAGAUGUAGUCUUUGUGUCGAUACAGUAUUUUAUGCUUUUCAAGGCACUUUAUUAGGUGACAUCUAUUAGCCUAUUUGAAACUCACAAGGGCCCUGUUAAAUUGGCUGGGCAAAUAGCAUUUCCCUCUUUUGACAGAGGAGAUAGAGGUCCAGAAAGAGGAUGUGACUUGGCAAGGUCACACAAGUUAAUGGUGGACUAUAAUUGAGUGCUCUUUCUGCCACUGUGCCCCAAAUCUUGAUGACUGCUGGGCAAGGCCUGGCUCAGAGGGGGGCCUUGGCUACCUUCCACCACUUCUGACCAAUAGCGAUGUGGAGAAUGAAGCCGCACCACUGUGCCCCAUUCCUCACAACUUUUCCUUGCCUGGGUCCUCUUGUCACUACUCCCUCCUGAUAUCACUCAUGGCCCAUACCUGGUGAGGGCCUUGAGUCCAGCUCAGCCUCUCCUCUAUUCAUCUCAUCUUGGUUCCUGUGGCUCAUCUUCUCUCUUCCUCUCUGAAGCCUGGACUGGUAUGGGAUCCUGGGCCUCUGCUCUGACCUCCUGAAAACCCUUAAUCCUGUGUGGUCCCCUCUGGGAUCCUCCUGAGCCCCAAAGAUACUGGGGUAUAGCUGAGGAAGAGAACAGAGGAAGAGGCCCUGGGGGCAGAGGAAAGGCAGGCCUCACUGGAGUGGGGGGCAGAGUUCGAGUUGGCCCCCUUCCUCCCCCACACCCCCACCAUAAUCUAUGUGUCUCCCGUCCUGGCCAAGGCUGAGGCCUCCAUACUGGUGCCCUAGAAUCUGGGCUCCCAUCACCCUGGACGGCAUCGCAGCAUUUCAGUGUCCGUCACAUUUUAAAACUGAUCAGCCUUUGUAUAAUGUUUUUUAAACCAUUUCUAAAUAAAAUGAAAAUAUA